AAGCCUAAAUUUUCCUUCGGCGAAAAGCAGCUGAAUUUACUUUAGUUAACCGGAUCUAAAAUUAGAAAGGCUAUUUAUAGGUCGUUGUUUGCGGCCAAUAGCAUACAAGUCGUGUUAUUAUUCGCUGGCCCACGCCACAUGAUGACCGUCCAACAUGGCUGCCACAACUAAAGCCAAGCGUUCGGGGAAUAACUGGGUCAAAUUAAAUGUCGGUGGAACUUGUUUUCUAACGACGAAGCAAACCUUAUGUAGACAUCCAAACUCUUUUCUGUCUAGAUUAUGUGCAGAAGACCCCGAUUUACCGUCAGAUAAGGAUGAGAGUGAUGCAUAUAUGAUCGAUCGAGAUCCUCGGUAUUUUGCUCCUAUUCUCAACUACCUAAGACAUGGAAAACUUAUAAUAGACAGAGAUCUUCACGAUGAAGGUGUACUUGAAGAAGCAGAAUUUUAUAGCAUAGAACCUCUUGUAAAGAUUAUAAAACAAAAAAUACAAGAUAGAGAAGACAGGCAAAAAAUACCACUGUUAGCAAAGAAACAUGUUUAUCGAGUACUGCAAUGUCAUGAAGAUGAGCUCACACAAAUGGUAUCCACAAUGUCUGACGGAUGGCGGUUUGAGCAGUUAGUCAGUGUAGGCAGUAACUACAAUUACGGCAGUGAAGACCAGGCAGAGUUUCUGUGUGUUGUAUCAAAAGAUGUAACAGAUACGGCUGAAGCAAGUGGAUCAUCGAAACCCAAGCAAUCCGACAAAGCACCUAGGCAUUUUAGAAUGUGACCAAAAAUCAUUUAUUAUCAAAACCAAAGAAGUAAGAUUUAACAAAACAUUUUAAUGAAGAAAGAAAGAUAGGCAUGAUAUAUAGUAGAGAAUAUGGACAUAAGAGACAAUCCUGAUUGAGUUUCAAGUUGUUUCAAAAAAAUAUGGAAAAAAAUUGGAAUUAGUGUUGAAUUUUGUUCAAAGACAUGUUAAGUGGAAUUUGUCGUCAAAGAAUGCUUAUAAAGAGUCUGCUGUGAAGAUGUUUGGAUGUAAACAAAGUCACUAGUAAACAAAGUCGCUAGUAAAAACAUUGAAAAGUAUACAUUCUGCUCUAAAGCUGCCAAAAUGGAUGCUCUCAGCAGUUAAGUCAUGGGGAUGUCUACUCAAAGUUUGCAUUGAAGCCAUUCAGAACUAUGCAAUCAGAAGUAGUUCCAGUAAAGUAUAUGCUAUACUGUGUGGCCUGGCUGAAAAACCUUUGUCAUUUAUGGAAUAACAGCCUUACCAUUGCUUGCAAGAUAGCAAGAAAAGCGCUCAAGUUUACUAGGGAGACSAUUCAAAAUCUWGUUGGGUUGAAAAUCCAAAGCCAUGCAUUGUAAAGCAAUCAAGGUGCUAAGCUGUUGGAUGAGGAAUGUCACUCAAUUGACCUGAUUGGCUAAUACUUUGCUAUGUAAGUUUCUACCCACAAUACACCUUUACGUAAAAGAAGUAUUCUUAAAAAAAUACAAAAUUCAAUAUUAUUAGCCUUUCUCUCAGUGGGUUUUGGUAGAAAUAUGAAUAGCAACAUAUUGGCCAAUCAGGUCUAUUGUAUGCCGUAAUAAUAAGUGCUACAUUUUCCUCAGAAUCUAAUAAUAUUUAGAAUAAGGCAAGAGUGUGGUAACUUCUUAUGGAUGUCUAUUCUGGAGUGCCAUUUAAAUUCCACACUGAUAUGGAGAAAAACAUAAAAUGCUUAUAGCUAUUCAGAUACAUACAGCUGAAUUCUAGAACAUUUCAAGAGGAAUAGCAGCUAUUUAGAUCUUGUGAAUAUGAAUUAUAGAAUGCAAGCUAUAUAACCGUGAAACACCAAUGACUAAAUUUGUGCAAAAUAUCUCUAGUCAAACAAAAGAAAGUAUUCRCAUGAUAAAGUACAACAUAGAACUAAUGUUGAACGGAUAUAUUGUAAGCAUUCUUACUGUUCCAAGCAAACCAAUGGAUUGAAAUUUUUAAAUGAUUUAAAUUGCAUUUAAAAAGUUUAAUAGUAAAACAUUUAUUCAGCAGCGGUGGGUACAUAAUUUAACAUACCUAUCRGCGAAUGUUUCUGGUUUACUAUUAGACUUGUAAUUAGCCUUAUGAAAAACCCAAAAAGUGCAAAAAUUACCCAUGAAAUCAAAUCAAAAAUUUUAGGAAUUGUUGUUUACAUUAAUAGGGGUGGGGAACGGCAAAAUUUGACACUGUUCUGACAGUGAUCAAGUUUUGAACAUCAUUUUGAAGAAAAAUGUGGACAAAAUCCAUCUAGUUUGUAAAAACCUUGAAAAAAAUACCAUAAUUUGACAGUUUUUUAAGGUUUUGAGACACAUUUUAUUUCUGUUCUGAAACCCCUAUUGAUUAAACAUAAAUGAAUAUGAUUUUAAUAUUGAGAGUUAUUCCAUCUUCAUUGGAUUAGUUUAGUGUAAUCAGCUGAAGUUUGAUAACUGACUAUUUUGAUGACCUCAGCUGUAGUUCUUUGAUUCUAUUUCAUGCUUAGACCAUAUUAUGCACUUUAGAAUACUUACUGCCUUAUUAUGAUCAAAAAAUAUUUCUUAUUUAUUGCUAAUAAUUAUGAUUGUUGUCAUGUGAAGCAGUCAUGUGUCUUGUUCUAUGUGUUUAACUGUUGAAAUCCUGAGAAUAUGAAACUUCUAGAGAAAUAAAAAUGAACAAAAAAUUA